GGAAUGUGACGACAGGUCCGGCGCGUAUCAAAUAAAUUCCACAAUAAUGUUGAGGGUGAAAGUUUUGUUUCGUCAUCGCUCGGACCGAAAUGAAAUGGGUUGUCAUGGAAAUGUGAACCUCGCUUCCUGAUUCGGUCGUAUUGAGCAUCUGUCAGUCGGUCAGUGUUUGGGGCAGAGGCAUGUCGAAGACGCAAGUGGCACCUCCGGACACUUUUGUCCAACGUGGAAAUUAUUUAGUCGACACGGGUUCCUCUGGCUCUGAAGACAUAUUUGAGGACUCGUAUUCUCCCUGCCCCUUGUCCUCUUCCAACCCCGCUGUGACUUCUCAGCAGGGAAAAAUCUUCUGCUCUUCUUGCUGCCAGGAGAUAGUGGACAGACAUCUCCUUAAGGUGAACAAUUUGUGCUGGCAUGUCCGCUGCCUGUCAUGUUGCGUGUGCAAGACGUCACUCGGGAGACACGUGAGCUGCUAUAUCAAAGAGAGGCAAGUUUUCUGCAAACUGGACUACUUCAGGAAGUACGGGACCCGUUGUGCACGUUGUGGCCGUAACAUCCAUACCAGCGACUGGGUACGGCAGGCAAGAGGCAACACUUUCCACCUGGCUUGUUUCUCCUGCGCCACCUGUAAGCGUCAGCUGUCCACUGGAGAAGAAUGUGGACUAUUGGAGAACAAAGUCUUCUGCCGGCCCCACUAUGAUGUGAUGAUGGAGAAUAUCAAACGCUCAAAAGAAAAUGACCAAUCCAAAAUGGAUGAGGAGCAGGCAGCGAAAGAGAGCACCAUACCCAAACCUGCAAAGAGGGCCAGGACCAAUUUCACUGUUGACCAGUUGCAGGUCAUGCAAGCUCAGUUUGCUCAAGACAACAACCCAGAUGCUCAGACUCUCCAGAAACUGUCAGAGAGGACUGGUUUAAGCCGCAGGGUGAUUCAGGUCUGGUUUCAGAACUGCAGAGCCCGUCAAAAGAAACACAUCAGCCCAAAUUCUGCCUCCAAAACAAUGAUGCCACUUCCUACUGGUCAGCUGUCGCCACCACUGAUGGAUGAUUUGCAAUUCACAACCUAUCUGACCCCAGAUGUACCUCUUCUCACUACGUUGACCUAUAUGGAUGUACAAGCUCCAGACCCACUUCUACUUCAGCCGCUCGUGUCCCAUCCACUGACACAGCUGCCUGUCAGCCACGCUUAAGACGUGACCGGAGAGGUCAAGUUCGCCGCCCGCGAUCAGUCCAUCCAUCAGUUUUCGACACCGCUGACUCUACGCCAGCUGACUUUACGUGAAGGGCUGGGAACACGCUGGACCGGUGGCCAGCAAUUGCAGUCGCCACUCAGAGUAAAGAACAAUUGUAACUGUGAAGUUCACCCUUCCGCCAAAUAAGUACCCAUGCGCUUAAAAGAAGAAAAGAUAUAUUUCAGUCACACAGGAAAGCUAGAGAUGUUAAUUUGUUUAGUGGAAUUUUAUUUAAAGGAAAAAGAUGCUAUACAUUCAAUUUAUUUGCAAAGGACAAACAAAGCACGAUGAUGAAGGAAAAUAUUUGAUUCAAGAUGAAAUUUCAGUUUCCACUUUUGAACUUAUAGAAUGCAAAAUGAUGUCUGUCGUCUGAUGCUAAAACAAAAUUCACAGCCGCUCGUUUCGCAGAAAAUUUAUACUGGAAACUAUUUAAUUCACCUCCAUUUCAUUGACUGGCGAGACAAAUGUGCAGUGAUUGUUUAGCAAAGUAAGGCUGACUGAUUGCUUUGCUCAAUUCCUCAGGGAACAGUUCUCCAUUCUCAUGUAUGUUCGCUCCGAUACCUUGCCAAAAUGUAAAACAACUUUGUCAUUCUUGCGCAAUGUGAAGGCCAUAAUGCAAGAAUUCAUUGCACAUUUAUAGAACAACAUCAGUAUAAAUUGGAUGCUGAUACAAGGGAAUAAAGUUGGUAGCCUUCUAUUGCACCAUUUUGCAAUCUA